AUGGGAAGAAAGACUAUUUUGCUCCUGACCAUGGGCAUCCUCGGGGCAUAUUACGUCUACACCCCUCUACCAGAUAACAUUGAGGAACCAUGGAGACUGGUGUGGGUGGACACGGUUUCGAGAAGUAUAAGAAAUCUGGGUCUGUUUGUUGAACUAUUGGGAAUCACCCAUUUUAUGAACGUUAUAACGUUCUUUAUGUGGUUUCAAGAAGUUCCACCCACAUCUGAUGAAAAUGUCACUGUGACGGACACAAGUUUCAACAACGUUCCUGUCCGUAUGUAUGUACCAAAACGAAAGUCAGAGACACUAAGAAGGGGUUUAUUUUUUAUUCAUGGUGGUGGUUGGUUCUCGGGGAGUGCUGCUUGGUUUAGUUAUGACCUUCUGUCAAGACGGACGGCUGAUAGACUUGAUGCUGUUGUCAUUUCAACCAACUACAGACUGGCGCCUAAACAUCACUUUCCAAAUCAAUUUGAAGAUGUAUAUAAUGCGACAAGGUGGUUCUUACGCCAAGAUGUGCUUGAUGAGUGCAGUGUAGAUCCCGAGAGAGUCGGUAUUUCUGGGACGAGCUCUGGAGGGAACUUAGCCGCAGCAGUGGCUCAACAGCUCCUAGAUGACCCAGAUGUCAAGAUCAAACUCAGGACCCAGUCUUUAAUGUAUCCUGCCCUUCAGUCUCUUGAUAUGGACUUGCCAUCAUAUCGGGAAAACGCACAUUUUCCGCCUCUGUCCAGAUCAUUCGGGGUCAGGAUCUUGAGUGAAUACUUUACCACAGACAGAUCACUUGAAAAAGCCAUGCUCUUCAAUCAGCACGUACCAGUGGAAUCAAGCCAUCUGUUCCAGUAUGUUAAUUGGAGUUCUUUGCUCCCUGAGAAGUUUAAGAAAGGGCAAUUUUAUAACAGUCCAACUCUUGGUAGCUCUCAGUUGGCUAAAAAAUAUCCAGGGUUUCUAGACGUGAGGGCAUCCCCCUUGUUGGCUGAUGACAGAAAGUUGCAUCGUUUACCCUUGACCUACAUCAUCACCUGUCAGCAUGACGUGUUAAGGGACGAUGGAUUCAUGUAUGCCUCCCGACUUCGGAACGCUGGAGUUAGGGUGACCCAUAACCACGUUGAGGACGGAUUCCACGGAAUACUUUCCUAUCAUGAAUUUAAAAUUGGACAUAGAACACAAAAUCAGUAUUUGAACUGGCUAAGUGAAAAUCUGUAGUAAAAAUCUGAGCAGUGGUUCAUAAAAAUACACAAACCUCAAGAUAGGAAACAAAUUAGUGAGAAUCAAAGGGUGUUUGAAUUGCUGUGUAUCCGCGUGACCUUUCUAAGUUCCUCAUAGCUAUAGCGUUGUUGGUUUAUUUUUUUAACUCAGCGGUUUCUCCUCUAUUCCUUAUUCUGUGUUGUUUAUUCACUUCUAUACCUUAGAAAAUAUCUACUUUCCCACAUAUUUUUUUCUUGCUAUUGUUACUCCUUUUUUCUAUCUCUAAUUUACAGCCCUAGUUUUUUGAUUGCCUGGUAAUAUUGCUGUUGAGAAGACAGUUUUGAACAAACUUGUCUGGCUCGUGAAGUCCCAGAACUUCAAUUAGUGCGAUGUGGAGCCUCCAGAUGCCUCCUGGUGGGCACUAACAUGAGUUGUGUGCUAACUCUUCUUCAAAGCGUUUGCCUCAGUAUAAUGUCUAGCACUAUAAAAUUCACUUCUUAAUGCAAACCUGUGCUACGAAACAAAAAUAAUGCCAGUGAUCUCUCAGGUACUUUAGGGAAAAGCAGCUCUAUUCUUGUGAGCAAUUAGGAACACUGAAGUGGGAGGCGGUACCUCCACAUGUAGCAGUGAUGAGUGGAGCUGAGGACAUGGAAGAAAUAAUAAAACUGAAUUGAAUAAUUUGAAUCUCUGAAAGUUCUUAUGUCCAUAUGGGCAUAGUAGAGGGAAAACUAAGAUUAAAUUGGUGUGUUCUUGGACUAUCUUAGACAGUUUGGGCUGGUAAAACACAAUACUAGAGUGGUGGCUUAUAAACAACAGAAAUUUAUUUCUCACGGUUCUGGAUGCUCAGGGUGUCAGCAUAGACAAGUUCCAAUGAGAGCAGUCUUCUGGGUUGCAGACUGCCAGCUUUUCACUGUACCUCACAUGGCAGAAGGCAGGAAGAGGAAGCAAGCUCUCUCAUGACUCUUAUGAGGCCACUAAUCCUUUUCAUAAGGGCUCUACCUUCAUGACCUCAUCUAAUCUUAAUUACCUCCCAUGGGUCCACCUCCUAAUACCACCACAUGAGAAGGCAGGGCUUCAACAUAUGAAAUGUGGGGAGACACAAACCUUCCGUCUAUGGCAUGUCUAUGGAGAAUAGACUGUAGCAGCCACAUGUUACGCAACGUUUGAUAAUUCUGAGGAAGCACUGAGGAAGGCAGCUCAGGGCUUCUCACGGUCACCAGAAAUCAAGGCUAUUGUCAGACAGAAAAAGGUGUUGUUUGGGGGAUGGGAGAAUCACAAACUUUCAUUUCUAUUUUUAUUAGGAAAAACAGUAGCAUUCCUGGAAGUCCCACCCAAUAUGUUUCUCAUUUUAUGUCUCAUUUGACAGAAUUUCAUUUCCACGUGGACACCCUUAGCUGCCAAGGUUGCUUGAGGAGUCAGAUUUUUUAACCUGUGCACAUCAUCCUGAACAAAAUUAGUAUUCUUUCAAGUAAAAUAAUAAGUGAGGAAUGGAUAGGCAACUAGCAGAUAGGCCACAGAUUCCAUAGGAAUAAGUGGCGUAAAUUACUUGUGGAAAAUACAUAGGAAUGUUUGGGGUCAUAUAUUACAUGGGAUGGAGGUACAAAUGAAUCGUAUCUGUGGUUCCCAAUGGAACAUCAUUGGGAUAUUUGCGUAUUGUAAUGUUUGUAUAUUCAGUUAGUUGAACAGGGCUUUCCUUUUUCCUUUUUUACUUGCGUCUCUAUGUCCCACUCCUUUACCUCCUUCAAUCACCUACCCAUCAAUCAAAAUAAUCUGUGUUAAUUUCCAUGUGUGGACAUAGUCUUAAUUUGAAAUAGGAAGCUUCAUUUAAAUAUGGACACGAGUCAUGAAACAAAAUAGCUUGUUAAAGCUAUGCACAUAAUAAUGA